AUGCCCAGCAGCCGUAGGCGCCGGACAUACUACACCGACAGCCCAUUCUAUGACGAUUAUCCGCCUUCUGCGUACUAUGCAAGGCCCCACUACGAUGAUGGUUACUACAGCGACAGCAAUUUCAGCGGUAGCCACUACGGCCAUAGCUACUACAGCGAUAGCCAAUACAGCGGUCUUCACUCCAGCCCACGCCGUCGUCCUCCACCACCCCCUACUGGCCACGCUCGUAGUAGCAGGAGAAGUUUUGCAUCCGCUGGGGAGAGUGCUGCCCCUCCCUCCCCUCCCACCAGUCGCCGGUCCAGCUAUCGUCCACCGCCUCCUCCUACUAGUCACACAAUGUCCACGGGGGGAAGGACUGCUCCUCCAUCGCCUCCCAGAGCUACUAGCCGCCCAAGCGAGCGCUCCCAAAUCGAUGCCCAUACCGAACGCAUAGUCGAAGGAUUCUUGGUGAGGCUCGAUAACAAUCUGGAAAGGCUCUCUAGCCAAGGAGCGCCGUCGCUCACUUUGCCUCGGUCGGAAGUAGCUGCUAGCGUGAGACAGCAGGUCAGGAAGAAGCUGCUGGAGGAAGUGGUGGAUAGGGAGUAUAGCGAAAGGUCUGAUGGGGAUAUGGGGUCAGUCACGUUUCUUCCGAAGAAAGUCACGUUGAAGAGAGAUGGGGAUGAACUGUUCUUGGAGGAUGUGGUGGUAUAUGGGGACGGGUGGUCCAAGAGGAAGAAGACACAUUUUGAUAUGACUUUUUACAAGGAUAAUUAG